AUGUCGAAAACAAAUUUAACUCUAUCACAAUGUAAAAUUUGUGGAACAUCCGCUUCAUAUUCAUAUUAUGGCGCUAUGGCGUGUGAAUCAUGUAAGAUGUUCUUCAAAAGAAAUGCGGAUAACAAAAAGAAAACAUUUCGAUGUGAUUUCGAUGGACAUUGUGAAAUAAAUGUUUAUAAUCGUCAUAUCUGUUCAGCAUGUCGAUUAGUAAAAUGUUUUACAGUUGGAAUGUCCACCGAAAUGUUUCGUUCAUCCAGAGUUGUGAAAAGAAAAGUCGAAGCUAUUGCUUCUACGUCAUCGGAAGUCGUGCCAUGGAAAAGUCGAAUACCUCUACAGAUACGUCCGUUAAAUUUAUUAAACUAUGAUUCAUCGUUAUUAGAUAGUGAUCAAUGGGCAUUAAUGAGAAAUCUCGUUCAUUCAUAUGAUGAAAGACAUGCUAUUCAAGCUGGUAAAGAAUUUGUUCAAGAAUUAGAUCGAACACAUCCAAAAUUACGUUAUCGAAUGAGUUCAAAGCGAAUUUUAGAAAUUUGUGGUUUAAUUUACAAACAAACUGAACCUUGUAUUCGAGCAAAUCGAGAUUUUCAUACUUUAUCAUCACAUGAUCGUUCAAUUGUAUUACGUGGUGCUGUUGAUAACGUUAGUUGUUUCGCCGGAGGAUUUAUUUUAUGGAAUUCUGGCUUAAUCAUAGAUUCUGCUGUUCGUAAAGCACUUGAAAACGCAUUUGGUACAAUGGCAUUCAAUUUAACUUUAUUACAAAUCUCUUUACUUGAUCAAGAUCUUUAUACAAUUAAAUUAACAUUAGCAUUAGUUGCAUUUUGUGCGAUUCAAUGUAUUGUUGUAUCAUUAACUAUUCGAGUUUAUUUACAAAAUAUUCGAAAUCAUACGGAUGUUGUCGAUUCACUUGUUCAACAGAUCGAACAACAACAACAAAUCGAUCUCAAAGACAAUUAA